AUGACUGGCGACUUGGAGGGUCUGGCAUUGAAUAUGCCCUUCAAGGAUGAAACUUUAUAUCGGUGGUGCAUCCACCGCUACACCUCUUUGAUUGCUGGGUCGAGAUGGAUUUCUGCUCCAUCCGAGCGACCUGCAACCAAUGGCUCUGCGCCGCCAGGACUUCUCAUUGACCUCGAUAACCCAUCAUCAGGCCUUCGGGAACGGGGAGGGAGUUCCGCCAACAGCCAUAGCACCGCCGUUGCGGACACCGAGAGCUUCGAGCUCGACGACUACAAGCCCAUUGCCGAGCGCAAGACCGCCGACGAUCGAGCCGCCCGGCGCGAACAGAAGAGACUUUGGAAGAAGCAGUGGCUCGAGCAGCAGGACGACAUGAAGUUCUCUCACAGCAUCCAGUUUAAUGCUGUUCCGGACUGGAGCAGUCAUUACAUUGCCUACAGCAACCUCAAGAAGCUGAUCUACCAGCUCGAGAAGACCGUCCACCAGACGAGCGCAGGCGACGCCGAAUCGAGACCCCUCAUCCGAAAUGAAGAACCGGAAGAUGUCUUCAGCCGCGCUCUCGGCGUAGAGCUGGAGAAGAUUUGCUCCUUUUACGUAGCCAAGGAGGGCGAGCUUCUAGAUGAGGUCAACCAGCUGCUCGGCGACGUCGGCAACUUUUCAUCGGAAGAUGAGGAGGAAAACGGCGGGCCUAGACGGUCGUUCGGCAGCGGACACCGACCGGGCAUGUCGGGGACCAACGGCAGAAGAUCCGAGUCGAUCGACGGCAACAUGGACGACAGCGAUGACGAUGAGGACGACGACGAGACCACCGGUCUGACAAAGAGCCGGUCCAGCCUUGGUGGAGGCAGACGCAAGACAGCUCCCAACUUCGGCCACUCCACGACUGAGCUGACGGCGUCGACCGAGCUGACACUGGGAAGAUCAUUACGACGUUACAGCACCACGCAGGACGAAAUUCCGGACCAGUCCUUCCUCUACUCGUCGAGCAUCAUGCUCAAGAAGCGUAUCAUCAGCCUCUAUGUCCAGCUCUGUGAGCUUAAGUCGUACGUACAGCUCAACAGAACGGGUUUCCGCAAGGUGUUGAAGAAAUUCGACAAGAUCGUGGACAGGGAGCUGCGCCCCAAGUACAUGAGCACCCACAUUGACUCGGCGUACCCCUUCAAGGUGGAGAGCAUCAAGACGAUCGAAGAGAACAUUUCCAAGAUGGAAAAGGCAUACGCUGAGGUUGUCACCAAUGGCGACGAGAACCUUGCCAAGAGAGAUCUGCGGUCUCACCUCCGCGAACAUGUCGUCUGGGAGCGAAACACUGUCUGGAGAGACAUGAUCGGUAUGGAGCGCCGUGCUGAAGCUGCCAGCUUGGGCAGAACCCUGCUGGGUAGAGACGGUUUGUCCGGCGCUCGACGACUCCAAGGAGAUGACGAGCUCGCCCCCGUCACAAAGGAGGUGGUUACUCCCGUGGGACGCUUCGUCGUCCCGACCUGGGUGGCCAGCACGCCCUUGCUUACCCUUCUGAUUGCGUUUGUCAUCUUCUUCCUGCUCCUCUUCAUUCCCAUCAUGGAGAAGCCUGAGCAGCAAAACUGUUUGGCACUGAUUGUGUUCGUCAGCAUCUUGUGGGCUACGGAGGCCAUUCCAUUAUUCGUGACUUCACUUAUGAUUCCCUUCCUCUGCGUCGUUUUGACUGUCGUUCGCUCAGAGGACAAGCCGCACAGGAGGCUGGAUUCCAAGGCUGCCACCUCGUACAUCUUCUCGGCCAUGUGGACCCCCGUGAUCAUGCUUCUUCUGGGCGGUUUCACCUUGGCGGCGGCGUUGUCUAAGUGCAAGAUUGACAAGCGCCUUGCCACGUUCGUUUUGAGCAAGGCGGGAACCACACCCCGAACCGUCCUCAUUGCCAACAUGCUGGUCGCUGCUUUCGCGAGUAUGCUGAUUAGCAACGUUGCUGCCCCUGUCCUUUGCUUCUCCAUCAUCGAGCCAAUGUUGCGCACAUUGCCUUCUGAGUCCAACAUGUCCAAGGCGGUCAUCAUGGGUAUUGCGCUUGCCUCCAACAUUGGUGGCAUGCUGUCGCCCAUCGCAUCGCCGCAGAACGUGGUUGCUGUUGGAAUCAUGAAGCCGGCGCCUACCUGGAUUCAGUGGUUCUUCAUUGUCAUUCCCGUUGGCGUUGUCUCGCUGCUCGUGAUUUGGGUUCUGCUGCUCAUCACAUUCCAGCCAAGCAAGGGAACCACAAUUGCCCCCAUUCGCCCUGUGAAGGAGAAGUUCACCGGCAUUCAGUACUUUGUCUCCAUCGUCACGAUUGUUACAAUCGGUCUGUGGUGCGCCAGCCACCAGUUGGAAGGCGUCUUCGGAGACAUGGGUGUCAUUGCCAUCAUCCCCAUCGUCCUGUUCUUUGGUAUUGGCAUUCUGACCAAGGAAGACUUCAACAACUUUCCGUGGACCAUCAUUAUCCUGGCUGCCGGAGGCUUGGCUCUGGGCAAGGCGGUUAAGUCAUCUGGCCUGUUGCACACCAUCGCCGGCGUGGUGACCAAGGAGGUCGAGGGCAUGAGCCUCUACGGAGUUCUUGUUGUGUUCUCGUCCCUGAUUCUCAUCAUUGCCACCUUCAUCAGCCACACGGUCGCGGCUCUUAUCAUCUUGCCUCUGGUGUUCGAUGUCGGCAGCAACAUGGACGAGCCUCACCCCAACCUGCUUGUCAUGGGUGGGGUACUAAUGUGCAGUGCCGCUAUGGGACUGCCUACCAGUGGAUUCCCCAACAUGACUGCCAUCAUGAAGGAAGACCCGACCGGCCAGAGAUAUCUCCAAGUGAAGCACUUCAUCAGCAGAGGUGUUCCCAGCAGUAUCCUCACACUGGCUGUCGUUGUGACCCUUGGAUACGGACUGAUGAGGGUCGCCGGGCUAGACUAA